AUGGCGACCGCGCCCGCGCCCGCGCAGCAGGAGAUCACGAAGUUCUCGCAGAUAUGCAAGAACUGCAACGUCCCGACGGCGAUCAUCGAAGACCACCAGCAGGGCGACCUCGUGUGCACGGAGUGCGGACUCGUGCUCGAGCAAGGCGUGAUAGACGAGACGUCGGAAUGGCGAACCUUCUCGGACAGCGACAAGGGCGGCGCGGACCCGUCGAGGACCGCGGGGCCGACGAACCGCAUGCUCGCGCACGGCGGCCUCGGGACGUCCAUAGGCAGGAACCCGGACGGGACGUACAACCAGACCCUGACGCGCUUGCACAACCGAGGCGCGAACCCGGACAAGGCGCUCAUCGCGGCGUUUGGAAAGAUCAACGAGCUCGCGGACCACCUAGGGGUGACGUCCGUGGUGAAGGACGGCGCGUGCGACGUGUACCGCAUGGUCGUCAAGCCCGGGGUGUCCAUCGCGGGCAAAUCGCAGAACGCGAUGUUCGCCGCGUGUCUGUACAUCUCUUGCAGACAGGAGGGGACGAAUCGGACGUUUAAAGAGAUUUGCGGAGGCGCGGUGAACACGACGGUGAAGGAGAUUGGAAAGUGCUACAAGUUCAUCGUGAAGACGAUCGACGGCCUCAACACGACGAUGAUGGAGCAGAUGAUCACCCCGGAGAAGCUCACGAACCGCUUCUGCGGCAACUUGGGGCUCGCGAACUUGGAGUUCUUGAAGCUCGCGACGACGGUGAUCGGCACGUUCAACAACCUCCGCCUCAGCGAAGGGCACAAGAGCGAAAAACAGCCCGCGUCCGUGGCCGCCGCGGCGAUCUGGCUCUGCGUGCAGAUCAUGGACAAGCAACACGAGAUCACGCUGCGGAAGAUCAGCGAAGUCUCCGGGAUGGCGGAGACGACGAUCACCACGAGCUACGUGGACAUGUAUCCGUACGCCACGCGAAUGCUCCCUCGCGCGUACGUGGAGCGGGCCGCGCGGCUGCAGGCGCCGGACCUGGGGAAGGACGAGAAGGCCGCGAUCGCGGCGGGGUUGGCGAACCGCGACCAGCUCGAGCUGUUGUUAGGGGACGUCCCCGGCGCGGGCGGGGACGGAGGCGGUGGCGGGGGGGUGUGACGGGACGGGACGGACGCGCGCGCGAGGUAGUAUUCUCCGUCGUAGGUAUUAUUCUCC